AUGGACGAAUUAGGCCUCGGAAAGAAGAAACAAUCACCAGGCGGUGCUGAUCAAAUGGAUGUUGAUGAAGUCAGCGCUCAAGCACAAGCUACCGAACAACAGGAUGAAUUGAGCGUGCUUCUCAAACCUCUUCAAGAACUUUCCGAACAAGAUCUCUACAAAAAGCUUAAACAUAUUGAGAGUGAGCUUGAAUUUCAUGAUAUCCAAGAAGAAUAUGUCAAGUACGAACAAAAGAACUUGAAAAGAGAAUUAUUAAGAGCCAAAGAGGAGGUGAAACGAAUCAAAUCAGUACCUCUCGUAAUUGGACAAUUCUUGGAAAUGAUUGAUCAAAAUACUGGAAUUAUUUCUUCAACAACUGGCUCAUCGAGUCAUGUUCGAAUCUUGAGCACGAUUGACAGAGAAUUAUUGAAGCCCAAUGCUUCAGUUGCCCUACACAGACAUUCAAGUGCUUUGGUAGAGGUUUUACCCCCUGAAGCAGACAGUAGUAUUCAAUUGGUUGGAGCUAAUGAACGACCUGAUGUUACCUACGCAGAUAUUGGAGGUUUAGAUAUUCAAAAACAAGAAAUUAGAGAGGCCGUUGAGCUUCCACUGACACACUUUGGAUUAUAUGAACAAAUUGGUAUCGAUCCACCAAGAGGUGUUUUAUUGUAUGGACCUCCUGGUACUGGAAAGACCAUGUUGGCCAAAGCAGUUGCCCACCAUACCACUGCUGCUUUCAUUAGAGUAGUUGGUUCAGAAUUUGUACAAAAGUAUCUCGGUGAAGGUCCAAGAAUGGUUCGUGACGUGUUCAGAUUGGCUCGUGAAAAUGCACCUGCUAUUGUUUUCAUUGACGAAGUCGAUUCAAUUGCUACCAAACGUUUUGAUGCUCAAACAGGAGCCGAUCGUGAGGUACAACGUAUUUUGCUCGAGUUGUUGACACAAAUGGAUGGUUUCGAACAAACUACCAAUGUCAAAGUGAUCAUGGCUACCAAUAGAUGGGAUACUUUGGAUCCUGCUUUGCUUCGUCCAGGUCGUUUGGAUAGAAAGAUUGAGUUCCCACUACCAGACCGUCGACAAAAACGUUUGGUAUUCCAAGUUUGUACCAGUAAGAUGAAUUUAGCAGAAGACGUUGAUUUGGAAGAUUAUGUUUCCCGUCCUGACAAGAUAUCAUGUGCUGAGAUUGCAGCGAUUUGUCAAGAGGCAGGUAUGCAAGCUGUGAGAAAGAACAGAUAUGUCGUCACGGCCAAAGAUUUUGAAAAGGGCUACAAGACCCACGUGAGAAAGACUGAUGGCGAUCAUGAAUACUUGUUACGUUAA